AAGACCCCGUGCUCGUGCCCGUGCCCGUGUUCGUCUGAAUCUCAAGAGGGGCCACAGCCAUUUAGGGCCACACACUUAUCAGCCGUAAACGCAGCCGUAGUCAUUGCCGUAACUGUAGCCGGAGCGAUUAGAUGUGCGAUUAGAGGAGCGCUAAGAAAUUCGCCAGAAAGCCAACAGCCAACAGAGUCAGAGUCAUGGCCACUUUAGGCGCCUGGGACUACACCAUAUUGGCGGUGGUGCUGGCCAUUUCGGUGGCCAUCGGCCUAUACUAUCGUUUUGUGGGCAGCCGGCAGAGCACCACCACCGAAUACCUGCUGGCUGGCCGCUCCAUGGGGAUCACACCGGUGGCCUUCAGUCUGAUGACCAGCUUCAUGUCGGCCAUCACCCUGCUGGGCGUUUCGAUGGAGAUCUAUCAGUACGGCACCAUGUUCGUCAUCAUCAAUGUCUCCUACAUCGUGUCCACUCCGAUAGCCGCCCACCUCAUCGUCCCGGUGUUCUACCGCCUGAAGACGGCCAGCGUGUACGAGUACCUGGAGAUUCGGUUCGGAUACGAAACUCGACUGGCCGCAUCCCUCAGCUUCACCCUCCAAAUGGUGCUCUACAUGGGCAUUGUGGUGUAUGCCCCGGCCUUGGCCCUGGAGGCGGUCACCGGGCUGAACCAGAUCUUCUCGAUUGUGAUUGUGGGCGUGGUGUGCACCUUCUACGCGACCCUGGGCGGGAUGAAGGCCGUCCUCAUCACCGACAUCUACCAGUCGCUGCUCAUGUUCGUCGCCAUCUUCUCGGUGAUCAUCUGUGCGUGGGUGAAGGCCGGCAGCCUCGGCGAGAUCUGGCGGGUGGCCCAGGAGAACGGCCGGAUCGACAUCACCAACUUCAGUGUGGAUCCCACGACGCGGCACACGUGGUUCACCCAGAUCCUAGGCGGCAGUGCCACCUACCUGGCCAUCUAUGGCGUGAAUCAGACCCAGGUGCAGCGUCUGCUGGCGGUGCGAAGUCUGGGCGCUGCCAAGGCGGCCCUGUGGUGGUGCCUGCCCAUCCUGUGCCUGCUGAGCGUGAGCACCUGCUUCUCGGGGCUGUGCAUCUACUGGUACUACCGCAACUGUGACCCGCUGCUGGAGGGGCGCGUCAACUCCCGCGACCAGGUGAUGCCGCUCUUCGUGGUGGACACCAUGGGCGAGUACACCGGCCUGUCCGGGCUCUUUGUGUCGGGCAUCUUCUGCGCCAGCCUCUCCACGAUCAGCUCGAUCAUCAGCUCGCUGGCCGCCGUCACCCUGGAGGACUACCUCAAGCCCCUGAUGCACUACUGUGCGAAACGCUCGCUCUCCGACCAGCAGACCCUCUGGUAUUCCAAGCUGCUGUCCAUCUUCUACGGCGCCCUCUGCAUCGGCAUGGCCUUCAUGGCCGGCUCCAUCGGCGGUCUGCUCCAGGCGGCGCUCUCCAUCUUCGGGAUUGUGGGCGGACCUCUGCUGGGACUCUUCACCCUGGGCAUGUAUGUGACCUCGGCCAAUGGGAAGGGGGCCACCGCCGGACUUCUCAUCUCGCUGGCCUUCUGCUUCUGGAUAGGAUUCGGUCAGCCGAAGCCGCCGCUGGUCGGCCUGGACAUGUCCACGGAGGGAUGCCCGCUGAACAGGAGCUACGCCCGGGAUAUCUUCCUUCAGACUAAGGCCGCAGUGGAGGAGGAUCACUACUUCUACCUGUACAGGAUCAGCUACAUGUGGUAUGCCGCUCUGGGCUUCGUGGUGACCUUCUUCGGGGGAUGGUUCUUCUCGUGGGUGUGCGCCCUGCUCGGCUGGGACAGCAACAGGCGGAUCUACCAGGACGCGGAGUGCACUCUCAUCAAGCACGAUCUGUUCGUGCCGCCACUGGCGAAGCGACUGCAGAGGCGGCAGGUGCCACGUCUGGUGGUCACCGGCACCAGCUCCGAGAUCGGUGGUGUGUCCGUGGAUGCCCCCUCGGCACCGCCGCGACUCGACGAGAUCGAGUGGGAGAAGCACAAGGAUGUGGCCUAACAAAUCCCAUCCAAGCUCUAUCAAGAUACCCUCCUACCGAGAGAGGAUCCUCCGUUUUCGUGUCACAUUUUAUUCACUUUGAACUUUGACCCCAACAUUCAGACUCAAUAAACAUAGCUCAUUAAUACAAAUAA